GUCUAAUAGAAGUAAAUAUAAGCAACAUAGACGCUGUGACUCCGCUGCAGCCGCUGAGGCUCAUGGGAGUUGUAGUCCAUCAAGCAAAACUUCUGUUUCUGAGCUGUGGAUUCCCGGCGUAGUCGAUCCAAGUUCUAAUCGUCGUUUGCUGCUAUUUCCAGUGCACAUGACGUCAGCGGAGGGUGUGACUGCUCGGGGCGCUCCUCCCCUCUCCUGAAAUGGUUCAUUCUUCGGCCGCUAAGUGAGUUAAAGGGACUGACGUCAUGUGGUUUCCUGGAAUCGGGUUACAGCGGGGGAAUGGAAACGUUACACUCCAAACAAGAUGCACAUUGACGUCAGCAGAGCCUCGCGGUGUGAUUGAGUCUGAUUCAUUCCCUGCUCCCGGGGCUGCUGCACAUUCCCCUCUCAGGCUUCACAGCAGACUUGUCUCUGGCCUGGGACACUGUCCAUGCGUGUUGCUUAGGCUGCUGCCACUUACUUUGGGAAGAUGUGGGCCACAGGAGACAUGCCUGCAUAUCAGAUCCGCUCCCCAGCUUCUUCAUUACCCCAAGCAGUUGUGGUGACUCCAAGUACAAACAACCUGGAUAAUCCUCCGAUGAUGGCAGAAGAAACUACCCGGAAAAGGGAGUUACGGCUAUUUAAAAACCGGGAAGCUGCCCGUGAGUGCCGUAAAAAGAAAAAGGAAUAUGUGAAAUGCCUUGAAAAUCGCGUUGCCGUACUGGAAAACCAAAACAAGACUCUGAUCGAGGAACUGAAGGCCCUCAAAGAUCUCUACUGUCGAGAAACAGAUUGACCUUUCCUUCUGGUUUUGGACUCAUUAACAAUUUGCCUGGCAGAGAUAUGACCUUUGGGCUCCAAGCAAGUCUGGAGUAUUGAUUCAGAGCGCGAAUCACAAUUUCAUGUUCAAGUUCGAUUGUUUUACGUUAUCAUUUGCGUGCACGUUUUUAGCAUCUUGGCUUCUACUUUCUCAGGGAAGCAGAGACUGGCAAGAGUAUAUCACUUUCACCGCAGGCUGGAGUAGUGAUUCUAGAAGCUCAGAAAAGGAAACUGCUAAAAGCUUUAAGUGACCUACAGAUUCAACAGACAGAUAGACAGAUAGACAGAUAGAUAGAUGAUAGAUAGAUGAUAGAUAGAUAGAUAGAUAGAUAGAUAGAUAGAUAGAUAGAUAGAUAG